GCGCUUCCCGCCGCUCCGCCCCGCCUCGUGCGAGGGAGGCGCUGCUGGGAGAGGCAGCGCUUUCCGGCCCUGCCUUUCCUCACGAACUGCGGCUGCCGCUGCCCUGCAAACCGCGGAGCGUGGGGAGCAGCGAGGGGGCGGAAUGCAGAGCAGUCGGGAGCGUGCGGCCGGCAAUCGCUGCUGUCCAUUUUCGCGCAGCGUGGGUUAGUGGCCUUCCUGUGGCCUUCUGGUGUCCUGAAAGGACUUAAAGCGUGGAUCUGUUCGACUCUUUCAAAGCUGAUUAAUGAACUGUUCCACUCGUUGGCCUCUUUAGCUCUGGAAACAUAAUGCAAGAAGUGGAGAAACUACAAUUUUGAUAUUCUAAUCUUAUUCAAAAUUAUUUUGGCACUGGGAGGCUGAAUAUUGUCCGUCUGGAAUCAUUAUAUAUCAGAAUUGUCUAAGGCUUUGUAAAACUGUUGCCCAGCAGGUGAACAUGGAGACACAGCUAGACCCCAUGAAGGAUGACUUGCCUCUAAUGGCAAACACUAGCUACAUGCUUGUAAAGCACUAUGUAUUGGACUUGGAUGUGGAUUUUAAAAGUAAAGUUAUUGAAGGCAGCAUAGUUUUGUUCUUUGAGACUGGGAGCCAGUACAAGAAAACCAGCAGUGCUGGCAAGGAAUCCUGCCAGUCACAGUUUGAUGAAACCUGUAAAAUGAGGGCAUCUGAACCCUGCCACAUUCCUAUGAUAAAUGUGAGUACCUGUUCAUCUAAAACAGAAUAUAAUGAUUUUGCUGUCAGUGGUACAGAAGAGGAAGCUACUUCUGAUGAAAAUAGUAACCAUAGCAACAAUGAACAGGCUUCUGGGAUUUCUAGUUCAAAGGACUGCUGUGACAUAGAGAAUCAUGGAAACAAGGAUUUUCUGCUGAUACUGGAUUGCUGUGAUUUAUCUGUGCUAAAGGUUGAAGAGGUAGAUGUUGCUGCUGUGUCCGGCAUUGAAAAAUUUACAAGGCCUGUCAAGCUAACUGGUGCUUCAAAGGAGCUGGAAAAUCUCAGGAAUCAGAUUGUACAUGAACUUGUGACUUUACCUGCAGAUCGCUGGAAGGAACAGCUAUACUAUUUUACUCACUGUAGCCAGGCACCUGGCUGUGGAGAGCUUCUGUUUAGUACUGGCACCUGGAGCCUGGAGAUAAGGAAAUCAGGAAUUCAGACUCCGGCAGACUUUCCCCAUGCAAUAAGAAUUUGGUACAAAACCAAACCAGAGGGAAGGUCUGUUACAUGGACCACAGACCAGAGUGGCAGGCCAUGUGUUUAUACAAUGGGAUCACCAAUAAACAACAGAGCCCUUUUCCCCUGCCAAGAACCACCCAUUGCGUUGUCAACGUGGCAAGCCUCAGUCCGAACAGCUGCAGGCUUUGUUGUGUUAAUGAGUGGUGAAAACUCAGCAGAACCAGUCCAGCUUCGAGAAGGUAUCUUGAACUGGUACUACUAUGUGUCUAUGCCAAUGCCAGCAUCUACCUUCACUAUUGCUGUGGGGUGCUGGCAGGAAGUUAAACAGCAGUCCUUCAAGCAAACAGCUGCUAUUGAAACAAACACUGUGUGUUCCUUGCCAUCAUCCCAAACUGAUUCCAGAUGGCAUGAAGGAGUCUGUGGUCAUGUGGAAUAUCCCUGCCGUUUCCAAAAUCCUGCUGCCAGGUUGCAGGCAGUCAUUCCUUAUCGAGUCUUUGCUCCCUGGUGCCUUAUGGAAAGCUGUGAAGAAUACUUGCUUCAGCUAAUUCCUCAGUGCCUCUCAGCUGCUUAUGCCACACUGGGUACCCACCCCUUUUCCAGGCUUGAUGUUCUGAUAGUUCCUUCCAACUUUUCCAGCCUGGGAAUGGCUAGCCCACACAUCAUCUUUCUGUCACAAAGUGUACUGCCAGGAGGAAGCCAUCUCUGUGGAACACGUCUGUGCCACGAAAUUGCUCAUGCAUGGUUUGGACUCGCCAUUGGUGCUCGUGAUUGGACAGAAGAGUGGAUAAGUGAAGGGUUUGCCACUUUUUUAGAAGAUAUAUUUUGGGCUAGGGCACAACAGCUGUCACAUGAUGAAAUAAAAGGGCAACAGGAAUUGAAAGCUUUACUUCGCUGGCGCCGACUUAGAGAUGAGGUGCAAAACUCUGAAGAAGAGCUGCAAGUUUUAAGGCCCAAAAAGGAGAGCACAGGAGAACUGAGUGAGUCUGGAGCCUCUGUUGUCAAAUACGGCCUUAAAGCAGAAAAAAUCUUCAUGCAGGUUCACUAUUUGAAGGGUUAUUUUCUUUUACGAUCUCUGGCAAGGACAAUAGGAGAGGUCUCAUACCUCGCAUCUUUACGGAAAUUUGUUGUUAAGUUCCAUGGGCAGCUCGUCCUUUCUCAGGAUUUUCUUAGCAUGCUGUUGGAAGACAUUCCUAAACAAAAAGGGUCUGGGUUAACUGUAGAAAGUAUCUUCCAGAAUUGGCUUGAUACUUCUGGAAUACCAAAGCCUCUGCUGGAGGAGGGAGAGACGUGGAAGGAGUGUCAGCUCGUCCAGCAAGUGAGCGGCGAGGUCACAAAAUGGAUUCAGACAAACCGGAGAAUCAGAAAAAGCAGCAAAAAGAAAAUGAAGCAGGAUGAAGUUGUUUUCCAGCAGCUUCUCCCUGACCAGCUGGUCUUACUUCUGGAGUCCCUCUUGGAGGAGAAGACAUUGUGUCCUAAAUUACUGCAGUGCUUGGAGAGAACAUACCGGCUCCGGGAGCAAGAUGCUGAGGUUCGUCAUCGGUGGUGUGAACUGGUGAUUAAACACAAAUACGAGCCUGGGUAUGGAGACAUUGAGAGAUUCCUCAGAGAGGAUCAGGCUAUGGGUGUGUAUCUCUAUGGUGAAUUAAUGGUGAAUGAAGAUGCAAAACAACAAGAACUUGCACGGAAAUGCUUUGCUGCAGCACAAGAACAUAUGGAUGCAUCCUCAGCCAAAGUGGUGGCAGAGAUGUUAUUCUGAAAAGCCCAGCUGCGGGAGCAGUGAGUUACAUACAUGUAGGCAUAGCUGGAGAUCGUGGAGAAUGGCUUUGUUGUAAUGGACUGUACAAGAGGCAACUGUAAGUCCAAAUGGCCAAAGAAGGCCAGGCUCUGCCUACAGUUGUUUCCCAUUCUGUAUUCCUAACUCUGCUUACAAAAAUUUCAAUUGUGCAAGGAGCAUUUCUGUUUAAUAGAGAAGCAUGUUUACUUGACAGGCAGCACAGCCUUUGAAAAGAGCCUGAUCCCACAAUGGAAAUGCAAGACUGUUGACUUGUAAGCAAAUACUAAUAAUGUGAGAAAAAGCUGAUAAUUCAGAUGUUUUUGUGUUAAGGGUAUUGAGGUUUUGAAGAUUGAUUACGAGGUAAGAAAAGUAGCCUUAACAUGAAGAAGCUAGCUUGUUUGUGAAAUUAAAGGAGAAGACUCACCAGGGAAGAAGGAGAAUUGCAAAAAUACUUGUGGAAUAAAGACUGCCGUAGGCUAUAAAUCUGCAAAGAUACUUUCUAGUUCUCUGUCUGAACAGUUGGAGGUAGCCUUACCAUGACUGCACAUGCAUGUUUGACAUAUAACUCAUUAGAUUUGUAUGAAAGUUUCUUCCAGUACAGCAUACCUCAGAUUUUUGGUUAAUCAUAUAACUCAUCUGACAGACUGAUUGCCUUGGUUGUUCACAAAAUUUUACAGCUGAUUCAUGCUUCAAAAUUCAGGCUUCUAAUUUAGCAAAAACAUAUUGUCACCUAAUUGAUACCAAGCAAAAAUCUUAAUUUUCUCCUGUUUUAGCAGUAUUUGACUGUUCCACUUGAUUUUGUAGUGGUUUUUGCUAUGUUUUCAUGAAAUACAGCCAGUGACAAGAUACUGUGAAAGCAAGUUUAAUUUUGAAAAGCCGUGUUGUUUUUCUGUAUAGAUAAGAACUGUCCCUGCCAAGAAAACUUUUCGGGAAAGGUGGAUCAGACUGUAGAGUGGCAGUUGUGGGGUAGGAGAGACACCUUUUAAAAUAGUUAAGGCUAAAGAGACUCUCUUGUGUACUCCCAGUUAUCAAGGACUCACAGGAAUUUGAGUUAUAUUCAACAAUUCUUAAUCUGGUAGGUGUCUUCAAGUGUCUGAAGGCCAGAAACAAUAAAAUAAAAAUUUCUACAAGUUUCUAAUGGUAAGUAUCUAGCACAGGAAAAUUAUAUGGUAUGCAGGUAUUAGCAAUAGUUUAGAAUUACCCCUUUGACUUUACAGACAGAGUGGAAGUACAUGGUGAGCUGUAACAUAAAAUCUGAAGGUACUGAGUACAAUGCUCUGUGUGGCUGCACAGCUUUCUUUAAAUGUUAUGGCUGUUUGGGUUCCUGGCAUGAUGAUUUGUGACUUAAGAUUAAAAUCACAUUGCCAGGGAUUACCACGCAGCCAUGACCACAGCUGCUAGCAUGAAACUCACCAUUAACGGUCUGAUGGGUGCACAGCGCGGAAUCCUCUCCAUCUAUCAAACAAAUAAACAAAACACAGACACCCCACCCCCCCACACACACACAAAAAAGAAAGGAGAGAGAGAGAGAGGGAGAAACAAACCCCACAAGCCCACCAAAAACAGAGGAAAGCAGCAGAGCAUCACAGAAGAACCUCCUCCGAAAACUAUCUCUGCUGAGACCGAGAUCUCUCUGGUGAGGUGCAGAGCUUAGCUGAUUGGUGAACAGUGAUUGCUUUCCUCUUUGUUCACAGUGGCUAAGUUCUGCACCUGAAGAGAAGGGAGAGGAGACUCUCUGCAGGACAGAGAGCGUUUGCUGGCUGAGAUCCCUUGCUGCUGAACGGGCAGAUUUGCGAUGAAUACAUGUGUCCAAGGUUCAGUGUAUGGACGAUAAGAGGCAGAGGCAACCUGGGAAGGACCAAAGAUUUUAGUAUUAGCCAAGGAUAAACAGUGCUUCUUAAGUUCUCAGUCUGAUUGCAAGUGUAAGGCAUUGCCCACAGUAAUUUGGUUACCGUGCUUUCCUAAAGAUCAGAGGAAAUAAUGUUUGUGACUUUAACCUGAAAUUGUCAAUAAAGCUUUUGUUUUAUAGUCUUCUCUUCAAUAGAUGUGGUCAUGAUCUCUCUGCAGUUUUAGCUUAGCACUGUGUGUUGUUUGCAGGAAAUGGUGGCAGCUCCAGUUGGAAACAACUUGCGGCUGCUGCUGUUGUUCCAGGCUGUUGAUGGACCCGUCCUCCGGUGCCUACUGAGCUGAUAUCAGUUCUGAUUUUACACACUGGCUCAGUUCAGCAGGAACAGGAGUCGAGCCCUAGAGCAAAAAAAAAGAUCUACCUUUCCUCAGAGCCUUUCAGAAAUGUUGUUGCUGUUUUCUCUUAAAAAUGAAUCAGUACACAUUAUAAUAUCCUGAUGUUAGACACUAAAUGGCCUAAGCUGGAAAAGCUGCCUCAGUUUGAGAGGACUGUUGGCUAAAGAUGAGAAGGUAUGUGAAUAUGUAGCACAUUGCACAGUAUUGCUCUGGUAACUUGCCUCCAGGAUUAUUUUCAGAGUAACCUGCUAAUAACCAAGAGAGUUAGUGCUUCCACCAUGGAUCCUCCCUCCUUUCUCCAGACCUUGUGGUAGCUCUAGGAAGCUAAAGAGAUCAUUAACUCUGUAGCUACCGUUACACUCUACUGGUAACCUAAAAAAUAACUCAAUUUAGAAAAUUGGGGCAAUCAAGAAUGCACACAUAUUCCUUCAUUGUGACAGAGUAAUAACUUUAAAUGCUGUUUCCGUUGCAGGAAAGAUCACAGACAACUCUUUUAAUAGAUCUUCUACUAAACCUCGAUGGUACUAGGAUUUCAUUGACCCAGGACAUCAAAGGAAGGAUUAUGUGACUGCUAAAACAAACAGCUGACAGAAAUAUUUACCUUUCUGUACUUCUAGAGGCUCACUGAGAACUGAGAGAGGCUAACUGAGAACACAUGCACCCAAAACCAACUACACACACACGUUACUCUGGCUUUAGGUAAUUCUUUUAUACAAGAAUUUUGGGAUUUAUCCUUGCACUUUGGUAAUACAAUCAUUCUGGUUUGCAGAUGCCAAAGAUUCUUCGUUUGAACAACUUUAUUAAUUUGGACAUUCUGAAAAUGGAUGAAACUGUAUUGUGUCCUUAAAAUUUUGUUUGAACUUUUAUGUCAUUUUUAAAAAACCUCAGUAUAAAAUCAGCAGGAACUGGGGUGGGGCUUAUAAGAUUAGAUAGAAGCAGAAAUAAAUGGUGGAACCUUACCUGCCAUCAUCCUGGUGAUGGGAUGGAACUGAAGAAAAAAACAAAGAUCAUCAUGUUCUCUCUGUCAUAUUUAGCUUAAAUUUCACUGGCAAUGUCAGACCUCCUAUUUUCUGAAAGUAUCUUUCAUAGCCUUGUGGUGCUUCUUCUACAGUAAUAUGUCAAGUGUAUCUCUUCUUUCCUGAUCAAUGAAUCUCUGCAUUUUUAGAAGACAUCUUAAUUGUUCCUUAAACCACAAAAAUCUGUGAACUUAUUUC